AUGACUCCUGAAUGCAGCCAAGGGGAAAAACCAUUUGAUGAAGAUUCUGAGGAUGAUGUAGCCAUUGGUUUUUACAAAAACUUUGAUACAAGAUUUAAUCCAUCACAUUUCAAAAAGAGCUUCAGUGAGGCUGUCUAUUGCAGUGGAUCCAACAUCCACUUGCAGUUUGAUGACUUUUCAGUUCAAGAAUACCUCACAGAAAAUGUGUUAAAAUAUACAUACGAGCGGAGGUUGGAACUGGUCACAUUCCUAGCAAAAACAGCAGUCAAGGAAAAGAAAAUUUUUACCAUCAUUGGCUAUUACCCAGUAAUUAGAUCAAGCCUCAGGAAGAGGGGCUGGGCAGAGAAGAUAUUUCCAACAUUAAAGCAAUUGGAGCAGAAAAAUGGAGAUAAUGAUGUUAACUCGGACUUCAGUCGCCUAAGCAUUAGGAUGUGGGUUACAAAGCAGUUAACCAGGAGUGACAAUAUUAAACAAGACAAUCAAGCAGAUGAUGAGUCUUUCCAGCUUCAGAAGGAUGAGGAAUCCCAUUGUACCUUCAAUGGUGCAGACAAUGUUCAUCAUUUAGUGUCAAAUAUGAUAUCAAAAGAAAUUCCUUACUUCAUCUGGACAGUACGAAGGAAUGUAAUUGACUGCCACCAUUUACACAGAGAGCAAAUGAUAAAUCAUUAUGGCAAGAAUGCAUCUUUUAUGACCAAAGCUAGACUCUGCAUGAAUUUGAGGAACUUGCCUUCUUAUUUGGAUGAGAAUGCUGACAGUUUCUUUCCACGGUGCUACCUCAUUUCUGAUAUGAAAGAAGAAUGUACACUUUGCAAUGACUUCAGGCUUACUGGUGCAGUCAGUAUACUGAAAUGGGUGAUUUACAAUUCUGCAAGUGAUCUAUCAAGUCCAAGCACUGGAGAAGGUCAGGUAGAAAAAGAUCACACUGAAGGAACUAAAGAAGCCUUGGUAACAGAUUCUGAAAAGCCCAGUAAAACAGAUGGUCAGUUAUCCACCACACUGAUAGAAACCGCCAUCAAAGUGUGUGAAGAUUUUUUGCAAAGUCUGAAGCAGGGUGCAAAUUAUAUUGAAGUGGACAUCCCACCAACACUUAGUGAAAUGGAGUGGACAGAUCUAACUGAACAGCACUAUUACCUCAUUCAUAAUCAAGCUACGAUCUCUGGUUCACAUAAUUAUUUGCUUGAUUGCCAGAACAUUCUCAAUAGGCUAAAGUCUGUACAUCCACAGUUGGAGAUAGAUGGUAUCAGAAACAUCUGGAUUGUCAAACCAGCUGCAAAGUCGCGGGGUCGAGGUAUAAAAUGUGUAGACAGACUGGAUGAGUUUCUAAAACAGAAGGACUCUGCCCCUUCUUUAGAAAACCCCAAGUGGGUUGUGCAGAAGUACAUUGAGAAGCCACUUUUGAUUUAUGAUACCAAAUUCGACAUCAGACUAUGGUUUCUUGUCACAGACUGGAACCCGAUAAACAUCUGGUUCUAUAAGGACUGCUACUUAAGAUUUUCCACACAGCCCUUCACAUUGGAAAAUCUGGACAGUUCUGUGCUUCUCUGCAACAAUGCCAUUCAGAAGCGAUUAAAACCAUCCACUGAACGUAACCUAUUGGUGCCAAAAGAGAGCAUGUGGUCAAGUGGUCAGUUCCAAGACUAUUUAAAAAUCAAAGGCCAUGGCAAUAUCUGGCAGGAGAUUGUCUACCCUUCUAUGAAAAAGGCUAUCAUUUAUUCCUUGGUGACGGUUCAGGCCAUUGUUCAAGCACGCAAAAACAAUUUUGGACUAUAUGGUGCUGAUUUCUUGCUGGGAGAAGACUUUAAACCAUGGCUAAUUGAGAUCAACUUGAGUCCAAGCAUGUCACGCUCUACAUCUGUUACGGCACUACUGUGUACAAAUGUGCAAGAAGACACAAUCAAAGUAAUCAUUGACAGAAAAUGUAAUAGCAAGUGCAAUAUUGGACAAUUUGAGUGCUUGUCUAAACAGCUGUCCAUAUGGAAUAAGGAAACUUCCAAAGCACUGUCCAAGUGA